AUAAUAAACAAAGUGCAUAGAAAAAAAGCCAAAGAAGCCACUCGUAAAUGAGAACGCUUCGCAAUUCAUUUCUCGACAUGGUGUAACUGAAACAGCAACAACAAAAGGAAUGUUAACAUCAACGUAAAGGAGGUUAACAUAUCAAGGAGGAAACGGCAUAUUUAACAUAACAUUCAGAUAUACUUUUACCCAAUUACCUUCAAGAAGAAGUAAAACAAAUUCGUUACUUUUAUUUUGUUGGGUAUAUUAUAUAUAGACAAGUUUAUAUAUACUUGGCUAAAAAUUACAAUAAAAGUAAAAACUAAAAGGUCUAAACUGUUAAUGAGAAAAUAACAUUACAGUUUACAUUUGCGAAUUAAAAAGUAUUUAGAGUUUUCAUUGGCGAAGUCGAUUGCCAUUUCACAGACACAAUUAGCGGUUUUCAAUUUGCUUUAAUCAAUUUACCUACAUAUACACAUCUAUAUCUAUAUAAUAACACAAAUUUAAAUCAACCAUUCUCUAGCAACUUCUUUAAAAGUGAGAAAAUUUAAAAGUUGAAAUGCCCGCUGACAAAUGCAUACAUUUUUUUACAUACAUACAUAUGUAUGUAUGUAUUAAGAAAGCCAAUCGUAAUCAAGAGCAAUCAAAUUUUGCAACCUGCAGCCGGUCAUAAUCUGCAAUCCACCGUUGUCUAGGAAAUAAAAACUAUUAUCACGCCUUAUAGAACAUACCAUUGCGAUCAGCUACAAUACCAACUGCAGCUUCAUAAAGGAACGUUUAAGAACAGGUGCUUGCCGAUUUAAAAGCCGCUAUAGCAGGAUUUACGAAUAUGUAUGCAUGUGCUUGCCGGUGGGCUUUGGUUGUAUUGUGUGGGCAUUAGUGAUAGUUCGACGCAUGCGCAAAGGAAUUUGUACCAGCCAUUAAGACAGCUUUUUAGAUAUUACUUUGAACAUAUGUUUGUACAUAUAUUACACCGGCACAUGCAUAUACAUAUGUACAUACAUAUGUACGAAUGGGUUAAAAAAAUACAAUGCGUUAAUUGUUAGUGGGAACUUUUCGUUUAAUCAAAAGAAGUUCGUUCCAUUUCUUAAAGUGUGGUAAAUAUUAAAUACCUUCGAUUGCAGUAAAAAUUGAUCGGUAUUAAAAUUAAAACAAUCAAUCAAAUUUUGUUAUGUUUCGAUUGGUCACCUAGAUUAAGGGCCGUUUUGUCAAUGUCUGGGUAGCAGCUGUCUAUAAGUUAAGUUCUGGUUAACUUAAACAAAACUCCCAAAAACCUUUGUUUUUAACCAGAACUUAACUGAGAGAUAUGUAGCUGCUAACCAAUAAUUUUCAGCUCAUCUAGUAUACCUAAAACCAAUAGACCACUAUUAAAAAUAAAAAUAAAAGCAGGAAAACAUAUGUAUGUACUUCCAUAGUUAGAAACUUAUUCCAUACACUUUGUGACCUUUCUUAUUGAAAUACAAACUAUACAUACUUGGAGUUACAGCUUAAGUUAACGGUCUUAUAUCCAGUGAAGUUCUAAAUGCUAGAAACAGCGCUGACGCCACAAACAGGCCAAUCUGCUUAGCCUCUUUUCUUUCUUACUAUUUUGUGACGACCUUAAUUAGUAGCCCAACAUCAUUGGUGAGUGGAGAAUAGGCCACUAAAACCAACUAAGAGUGACAAUAACAACAACAAUCACAUAAACCACAAUAAAAUGUUGCCAACAUAAUCACAGAUAUAGAAAUAUAUUACUAAUAAGAGGCACUAUGACCACGGAAUAACUGUGGCAAGAACAAUAUUAAUACAACAACAAAACAGGUGAUGAUCAACAAGUGUAAACCACCACUACACCAUUGAAGAUAGCGAAGUGACCAAAUACAUACAUACAUACAGAUAUCAAUACCCAGAAAAAGAGUAAAAAAUAAUGGAAUAGCUGAACUUGUAAAAGAAGUGGGAAGCAAAGAACAUCUUUGAAAACAGCCAAGAGAUAUAAAAAUAGAAAUUGGGAGCUAUAUGAGCGCACAAGCCGAGAGCUAGCUAGUUCGUUGAAUAAAUACAACAAUAGGCAAUCGGCUUAAGCCACGCUUUGAAACUAGCCACUGAACUGAUGGCAAUGAAACCUGCUACAAGUAUUAUACGCAUGUUUGUAUGUGUGUAUACAUUAUCGGCCACAAAAAGAUACACGAACUUGGAUUUAUUAUGAAUUGCACACAUAUUGUAUGUAUGUAUGUAUGUAAUUACAAUUGAAUUAGGAUGUUUGCCGAUUUACUUCUUCGAACAAAUGGGCAAAAAUCAUCACUCAUCAAUCCCUGGCGGCAGUACUAUGGGACACAGGUUGAAGUUUUCAUAUAUUUGCUACUAGACCUUCCUCUCAAUGAUGACGAGCAUUUUUCUGUUCAAAAACGCCGUCGAAAUUGCCGGUUGACUAACGCCGCAGAACAAUUACAACGAGCGCUUAUAAAAUAACAGCUUAAAAUCGCUCGCUAUAACCGUGCAUCGUUAUAACCCGACUGAUAACCGUUACCUAUUGUUGGUAAUUACAAAAGGCAAACUCUUCCGUUCACUCGUAAAUUUAAUUACUUAUUCGCAACACAACGUACGUUGGGUAACAGCGCCAAAGACAACUCUAGUCUUUCCCUUUGUUGGAGCGCAAAGCUCACAAGUCAUACGUAACCAACCGUACUUACUGAGACGGAUACACAUAAUCAACACCACUGACAUUAAAAAAAAACUCCAACAACGGCUCCCUCUAACACUUAUGACAUAAUGCGCGAGGACGACAUCGAAAUCGCCAUUAAGGUGGUGAUUGUGGGUAACGGUGGUGUUGGGAAAUCAUCCAUGAUACAACGCUAUUGUAAGGGUAUUUUCACCAAGGACUAUAAGAAAACGAUUGGUGUGGAUUUUCUGGAGCGACAAAUCGAAAUUGACGGUGAAGAUGUGCGCAUAAUGUUAUGGGACACUGCGGGACAAGAGGAGUUCGACGCCAUAACCAAAGCUUACUAUCGUGGUGCGCAGGCGUGUGUGCUCACUUUCAGCACGACCGAUCGCGCCUCAUUCGAGGCCAUCAGAGAUUGGAAGCGUAAAGUGGAAAAUGAAUGCAAUGAGAUACCAACCGUAAUUGUACAGAAUAAAAUUGACCUCAUCGAACAGUCAGUUGUAACUGCAGACGAAGUGGAAACUCUGGCGCGCAAUUUGAAUUGCCGCCUGAUACGAACUUCCGUUAAAGAGGAUGUGAAUGUGGCAUCCGUUUUCCGAUAUUUGGCUACUAAAUGUCACCAGCUGAUGCUGGGCGAAAACACCGAACAGUCAUACACACCUAAUGGUGGCGGUAGCGGUAGCAGCGGCGUAAAUGGUGCUUCGAAUGGUCAUCAGCCCACAAUUAGUGCCUUCAGUCCAACAUUCACAAAGUCCAAUAGUGGCACGAUCGUGUUGCGAGCAGCCAAAAAGAGUUCAACAGCGCGGAAGCGUAAAAUUGUGCUAAAGAAAUGCGGCAUUUUGUGAUUUGCGUGACAACAGCUGGUAGGUGGUGAGCAAUUGGACGAGUAGAGGAUUACAUGUGGACGAGAUGUGUGCAAGAAAACGGGCACGAACACGUUGAGUAUUGGAAUAUUUGAUGAUGGAGGGAAGAUCGUGCAGCUGCUUGAAACGGAGUGAAGAUGAAGUCUCCCACGUCUCCACGGUCAUUGAACUCGACUAACAAUCAUAUACUAAACUCUUUAUGACUGCUAGACUGAUAUACAUAUACAUAAAUAUAUAUGCACAACUGGAAUAUAAUAAAAAGAUUUUAAGUAAUAUUCGUAAGAUAAUGUUUGUAAUAAUCAAAAAAAAAAUUGUAUGUAUAUGCUUAACAUAUAAAAAUCAAAAUACUGAUUUAUAAUAAUACUGCCUAAUUAUAUUUGUUGUAUGUUCAUAUAUCUGUACACUGUUAGUUUAACUUAGAUUGAUUGUGUUUGCUAAAGAGAGCGUGUGUAUUUUUUAAAUAUCGAUAUUUUAUAUAAAUAAUGGGUUUGUAUUAUAUUUAUGUGCAAGGACGUUAGAAACAUUACGUUCUGAUUAAUAUUGUAAAAUACAAUUUAAUUUAUAAUAAACAUA